CUUAGGGGACUGCUUGUAGGGAUGCAGGGGUAAUGGCCCUGCUCGCACGCUGUUGCGCAUACUGCAGUGCUGCGCUGAGCUGCAGUGUGUGUGUGUAUGUGUGUGUGUGUGUGUGCGCUUGCUUAUGUGUGUCAGCUGGCCAGACGGGAAGCGUGCCUGCCGCUGCUGCUGCUGCCACUCCAUAGUGCGAGAGAGGCGGGGGAAGGAGAGAGCAGAGAGAGGGAGAAUACAGGGCCUCGCCAAAUAAAGCCAUGGGGGCCUGGGCUGGGACGGCCCGUUGCACGCUAUAAAUACGCUGGGCUUCUGCCGAUUCGGGUUUGGUGGCUGGACCUGCACAGCAGUAACCGCACCAGCCCAGCUCAGAAGAAUCUCAUCCACACUCAGGCCCUCAGCCAUGCCACGGGUGGACGCGGACCUCAAACUGGACUUUAAAGAUGUCCUGUUCAGACCAAAGAGGAGCAGCCUGAAGAGCAGGUCAGAGGUGGACCUACAGAGGACCUUCACAUUCCGCAACUCAAAGCAGACCUACAAUGGCAUCCCAGUCAUCGCAGCUAACAUGGACACCACAGGUACUUUUGAGAUGGCCCAGGUGCUGAGCAAGCACACGCUCUUCACCACCAUCCACAAACACUACUCCCUGGAAGAGUGGAAGACGUUUGCAGCCAGUCAUCCAGAAUGCUUAGAGCAUGUGGCGGCCAGCUCGGGCAGCGGCAAGGCUGAUCUGGACAGACUGUGCAGCAUUCUGGAAGCCAUUCCACUCAUUAAGUACAUCUGCCUGGACGUGGCCAAUGGAUAUUCAGAACACUUUGUGGAGUUUGUCAGAACAGUUCGGGAGAAGUUCCCUAACCACACCAUCAUGGCUGGAAACGUGGUGACAGGAGAGAUGGUGGAGGAGCUUAUCCUGACAGGAGCUGAUAUCAUCAAAGUGGGCAUUGGGCCAGGUUCUGUAUGCACCACCCGCAUCAAGACUGGAGUGGGUUAUCCACAGUUAAGUGCUGUUAUUGAGUGUGCGGACUCUGCUCAUGGACUAAAAGGACACAUCAUCUCUGAUGGAGGCUGCAGCUGUCCAGGAGACGUUGCCAAAGCCUUUGGCGCAGGGGCGGAUUUUGUCAUGCUGGGAGGCAUGCUGGCCGGGCAUGACCAGUGUGCUGGUGACAUCAUCGAGAAGGAUGGAAAGAAGUUCAAGCUGUUCUACGGGAUGAGCUCAGACACUGCCAUGAAGAAGUAUGUCGGUGGUGUGGCAGAGUACAGGGCGUCUGAGGGCCGGACGGUGCAGGUGCCCUAUAAGGGUGAUGUAGAGAACACUAUCAGAGACAUCCUGGGCGGUCUGCGCUCCACCUGCACUUACGUAGGAGCAGCCAAACUGAAGGAGCUCAGCCGCAGGACCACCUUCAUCAGAGUCACACAGCAGUCCAGCCAGAUGUUCACCUAGACCCAUCCAGCAGUACAUCCAGAUUACAGAUACACCCCGUACUGUACACAACACCUAUCGGGGUAACAUGCAGACAAAAGAUCAGUCACACUCUCAAACCCAGCCAAGGACUGUAGCAGCUAGUAAAAGCACUGGAGCAGUAGAGCAACUGAUACAUGUUGCUUUGAUCUCGGUAGAAGAACAAGACUCAGACAUAAACAUACAGCCUACAGUACCUCACCUACUUCUGUGUCAGCCAAGAUGUCCUGAUUUGUGCAUGUUUCUUGGGUACGAGGAUCUUUCAUUGAGACAGUUCAUACACAGACACAAUAAAACAAUGCCACAGAUUCCUUCUGUUUCGCUCAGGACCCUGUGCUGUACGAUACUAUACCUUUUUCUUGUGAAAGCAGCCAAUUUACAGCAUGAUUCAUCCUGUUGUUAAUGUAAGCCUUUAAGCUCUCCAAGCAUGGUGCGUGUGUAAUGGCAGUGACGGCAAAGUAUGACAGAGGUUGAAUAGGGACUCAUGAGCCCUUAGGGAAUACAAUGCUUGGAGAAUUCAUUCACUGAAACUAUGCAACAAUGAUGGCAGUGAAAGGACACAAGCCAGCACCAGGCUUAAGAGGAAUAAAGGCAAUGCAUCUUCUCCUUAUACAGCAGAGAUACUACAUGUCGACUGAAACGUUGUGGCGGCUUGCGGGUGCGUGCUAGCACUUUAUAUGUUUUAGCGUAUGUAACGUAUGCAACUUUUGUCUUGAUUUGAGCAGAGACUGGUACACAGCCUAUUGUAUUAUUUCUGUUGGCCUGCUUCCUUCAUGAAUGUACACUGGGUGUGGUGGGACGUUGUUGCAGACCAGAGGAAUGUGAAAGACUGCACCGCCUAACGUGCUGUUCACAUAGGUUUGUGCACUUCAGAUCAGGAAAUAUGUACUUUUAUGUCAAACUGAGUGAGACACUGUAAGUGACAGAGUAAUAAAGGUAUAUCAGUGAUGA